AUUUUUUUAUAUAAUUAAUUAAUCUUAUUCUACUGUCGGUAAAAUAAUAAGGGAGAUUAAAACGGGCCCAAUACGUGGCAGUUGUAGUUGGGCUGUUGUCAUCACGAUAACGGGCUGGAAACCUGGAAUGAUAUUUGGAAUCUUCUCGUCCUACAGUAAGGGGCCUAGGGCUUUUAGAUUCACAUCGUCCUCAAAUAAUUCCGUAAUUACACAAAUAUUCCGGCGAAAAAGGCGGUCCCCUCACCUCACCUCGUGUAAUAGUAGUCAUAAUCUAGAACUUCUCGGAAAGACAGGAACGGAGAGAAACGGCCACAGCAACAGAGAUGGGCUCGCGUGACAAGGACCAUUCGACCCCGCAUCAACCGCUGCUUAGCAGCCUCGUGGUUCGUCCUACUGACAGCGGCGGCGCCGCAGGUGGCGGUGGUGGUGGUGGAGGAGCCACCGGUGCUGGUGGCCCCGGUAGCGAUUACGAACCCGGUGAAGUUCGUCGCGAUGCCGCACCAGGUCCGUACUCCCACUCCGAUCGACUAUCAGAUGAUCAUGGAUAUAGACUGCGUACAGGUUCUGUUUCUCCUGUGCAUCAUAGGUCAGGCAAUCGCUACAGUCCAGGUUUUGAUCAUUCGGGUGCUCCGCCUCGAAGCCGUAAUUAUGGAAGUGGACGGGAUCAGAACAGAUAUCAGGACAACUCGCCCCCACAUGGUCGUGAAAGAAAUGGUAGCAGGUUUAAUUCAAGGGGUUUUGAUGGUCCUGGUCAUGGUCCAGGUCCUUUCAGAGGUGAAGCUGCACCUAGAAAUAAUCCGAACGUGCGUCCAAGAGAAGGGGAUUGGAUUUGCUCUGAUCCAGCGUGUAACAACCUGAACUUUGCAAGGAGAGAGAUCUGCAACAACUGCAAGAAGCCUCGCAAUGCAACUACUAGGAGCCCUCCUCGUAGGGGUUAUCCUGCUCCGCCACCUCUUCCCCCUCGACGGUUUCCUGGUCCACCUGAUCGAUCCCCUGGAAGGAUGAUGAAUGGCUAUCGAUCCCCACCUCGUGGUUGGGCUAGAGAUGAUCCUAGAGACUUCAGAGGUGUACCUCCUUAUGCCAGACAUGAAGGAAGAUUUCCUGAUCUGUCCUUACGCAGACCUGAUUAUGCAGUGGAUGACUAUCGAGAUAGGAGUAGGUUUGAAAGACCCCCACCACUGGAGUGGAGCCACAGAGAUCGUGUAAGGGACAACAUCCUCAAUGAAAGAAAAGGUUAUGAGAGACGGGCAUUAUCACCUCCUCCAGUUGCACCACCCCCGCGUGGUCAUUGGGCUCGUGGUAUUAGAGAGAGAAGCCGAUCACCUAUUAGAGGUGGUGCACCCCUAAAAGAUUAUCGCCGAGAUAUGUAUAUGGAACGGGGGAGGGAUGAUCGACGUGGCAUGGGACGUGCAGCAUAUUAACUUGAUAGUGGUUGAUACUUGCGCUGAAAUUGUAACAUUUUUAAAGCUAAGGUCCAGGAGAGGGGAAAUGUUUGCGCCCUGAAUCUUCUUAGUCUACCCUAUUGCUAUAUGAUUUUUAGCCUAGUACUUUUUGGCCCACGCCUUUUAGCUUCUCGUGAUAGUAAUGGAUGUUAAUAUGCUUCCCUGUGAUUUUAUUUCUUAUCUUCUUUUGAGAAUUUUCAUCCGAUUGUGGUAGUGUUUCUCUUGUGCGACUGAAAUUAGGUCCCUGGGUCUUGGCUUCCUGAGGAAAUGGAGCCUGGCUUCUGCAUGUCCUGGGUCUUUCUUUUUUCAAGAAACAAGUUCACUCGUGUUACUUGAAUGCGGAGGCUUAUAAAUGGGUACUUUGGUUGAACCGUUGAAGAUAUUCACUAGUUCAAGCGCUCUUGUCUUCCCAAGUUGUUUUUGGAUUUCCCCAAUCCCGUUUAGGGCCAUAGAAAUAUUUAAUUCAAAUGUAAAUAGUCAUUCUUCUCUGUGUAAAAGUUAACUGAAAUGUGAAAAAAAAUUUUAUAAUUUUUUUUUUUGGGGUAAAUUAGUAGAUACGAAUGAAAUUGAAACUUGAAACUAAACGGUUCUGCUCAAUGUGCUGUAGAACAAGUUUAGAUUGAUUAAUUGAAGAAGAUAGAUGCAUAGUUCAGAGAGAGUGGACAACACAAAAAUAUUGCAUAAUGUAAAAUCACAAAUCGGUC